CUUCGUUCCAAAUGAAGGGCUUCGAAGGAUUCUUCUCCCCGCUUCUAACGCUCCCGACGGACACGAACACUGCACGUCGACCAUGGGAGAGAACCGACAAGAACCUAGGCGACAGCGGUGACCCUAACGGUCCGUCAGAAUCGCCAGCAUCGUCAUCGCACCCAUCACAGCUACACCCUGAACUUGCUCCUGUCUCCACUUCGUCGUUCGACUCUAUUCCGAGUCCAGUGAAAGAGAACAAUCCCGAGAACAACCGCGAGCUUAGGCGACGCCUCACAGCAGCAGCAGCAGCAGCAGCGGCAACAGAAACAGCAGAAGCAGCAGCAGCGGCGGCGGCGGCAGCAACAGCAGCAGCUGCAGACGACGACGAUUCGUGUUGGAUAUUCAUGCAUAUGGACAAGAGCGGCGCUUCAGGGGCUCGGCGUGUCGCCACGGAGCAGUGGCGGAAGGAUGAGCUCGUGUUCGACACUGUCCAGUGGCGCCGGGGUGACGGCUUUGCGGCGGACGUCAUGGCUUCUCGCUGGAAACUCCUGCAUGGAGGCUGCGUGGAGAGCCUUCGGAACCAUAAGGGACGGUCGUGCAAGUGGAUCACCAUCUUCAGGCACCCGAUCGCGCGUCUUUUAUCCGCGUAUGACCAUUGCCUGGGGGCCCCCAAGGACCCCGUUUGCCCACCCACCGAAUCGACGGGGUUGGCAGCAUUUGCGGAACUCUGGGGUAACUUUGCCAUGAGACAAUUCGCGCUGGCGGCCGUAUCACCGUCCGCAGUGAAGGAAUGGGCAGCGCAAAGGCAAGCACGAACGGGUACGUCCAUGUGGUACCUUGUCAAGGAGUACCUGGCUCGGGGAGGGAUAGCUGAAGACGAGGUGCUCGGGAGCAAGCUGGAGCCUGUGAAGGGGCUGCUUAGCACGCAGUACGCUGCUGUCGGCAUAGCCCAGGAGCUGAAAACGACGAUGGUUCUGUUUAGCAAGGCGCUAUCUAUGGAAGGUCUGGACUGGUCGUCCUCGUGGGCGACACUCGGCAUCAACGAGGAAGACAAACAAGAUUCAGAGUACGACAUAACUGAAUCCGAACCAUUUCGCCAGGCUCUGGAGAAUCCUAGAAUUGUUUCUGCCCUACGGUUGGAUAUGUCUCUCUACGAGCAUGCCGUGCACGUAUUCAAGGAUCAAGUUGCCCAAUUUGGAAUUGAGUAAGGAUGACUGGCUACUGCAGGCCGUAGGUUCGAUACCAUGGUUGUUUUCGAGAAGUGCUGGAACCAACGUUGCACCUACGCAACCGGCCGCAAUCAGAUUUUAGUGCUGUACCUGGAAGGGCUUAGACCUGUAAAGGGAGGGGCGGUGCAUGACCCCAUCCAUAUUAUAGUAGCCGCAAAAGUUCGCUUGUUUCGAAUGUCUUGUCUUGCUUGCGAACGUCCUAAGCCCGGAUGCAUGCAUACGGGGUUUGUUUUAUGCCCACACUUGACGCUGUUUUGUGUCGAGGGAUGCACAGCACAUGCCACACCUACGAUAACAUAUGUAUGCAAGGUAAGCCCCUGCAGCAGUAGCGAUUUGUUUUUUGUUGGGUAUUGCGCUUGGCGGUAGUAUUUGCGGAAGGUAGUGUUGGAGAUUAUUUGAAUCCUGUUAUUUUGACGUCUCUAGUUCUAAUUAUUAUUAUUUUCAUUAUGUUUUGGAGUAUUAGUGAACCGGGCGCCGAAGGCAGGGCUCGAGCGGUUGUAGAACGUGUUUUGUUGUGUUUAGGGAAAGGUCCGUACCAACGCGUCCCGUGGCACUGGCCCGCCACAUUGGAUAUCGUUUGUGAGGACGGAUACCCGCCUCUUCCCACAGCAUGCUUAAUAGAUCCCCGAUUUCCUUUCAUUUCCUCAGCCUUUCUGUUUGCACACUUGAGAUAGUGUUCGUCGGCUCCUUCUCUCCCGAGUCUGUAGCCGCCUUGCACUUCUGCUUGGGGCACCGUGCUCUGUAGCUUCCUUUCGCAUUGGUCUUCUGGUUGUAGUUUCGGCCUCUGGUCGAUCCUUUGGGGUGUUUAGAUGUCAGCGUCGGAGUUGCAGCGCCCCUCCCAGCUUUUUUCCCUUUUGCGGGCCAUAGACUAUGUGUUUGGGGAUUCUUAGUCGUAACGUACAGUCUUGUAGCAUUUGUGGCGUGAGGUUGUAUCUGUUGUUCCGAUUCUCGCGCAAUUAAUUAUGAAUUAUUAAUCGUG